AUGGGUUUUGGAGGAUCCCGAAACACGAAACACCGCAAGAUUGAUGUAAACAGAUUAACUGAUUCCUCUGUCCUGGAGAGCUAUCAGUCUUCACUGGCAUAUGCACUCAAUUGCAAUCCACCGCGAGAAGUGGAACAACACUGGACUUGUAUACGGAAAGCGUUGACCAUUUCCGGACAGUCAUGCUGCGGUCUAACUCGACGCCCUUUGAAGUCUUGGAUCUCUGCUCGUUCUCUGGAGCUCUUCGAACGCCGCAAAGAUAUCUCCGCGGAAUCAGAUUGCAACGAGCGGCGCCGUUCUACCAACCGGCUGCUUAAGCAAAGCCUCCGCAAGGAUCGCGAGACAUGGUGGUCUGAGCGUGCUUUAGAGAUGGAGACUGCUGCCCUCUCUGGUAACACUCGCAGGCUUUUCCAACUCAUUCGGUCCACUGGCCUCAGGAAGCCUGGUGUCAGUGAGGUCAUUUGUGAGGUGGAUGAGUCUCCGAUCACCAACCAACAGAGGCGUAUGGACCGCUGGGCCGAGCACUUUCACUCGCAGUUCAACUGGCCUCCACCAUCCAUCAGUACAUGCAGUACACCUUGCUGUCCACCUUGGCUAGUCCCAUUGAAUCCACCCAGCGAAGCAGAAGUCUGCCUUGAGAUUCGACGCUUGAAGCGCUUCAAGGCUGCCGGCUUAGACGGACUUCCUCCGGAGCUAUUCAAGUAUGGCGGUGUGGCAGUCAUUAACCAGCUAACCGCGCUGUUCGCAAAAAUUUGGCAUGAAGAGAAAGUGCCUCCCUCUUGGGGCGAAUCAGUUAUUGUCCCAAUUUUCAAGAAAGGCGCUCGCACUUCAUGUGCAAAUCAUCGCGGGAUUAGUCUUAUUUCGGUUGCCUCUAAGCUGUUGGCAUCCAUUCUACUUCGUAGACUAUCCCCAGUACGUGAAUCGUACUACCGUGAAGAACAAGCUGGUUUCCGUCCUGGCCGCGGAUGCGUGGAUCAAAUCUUCACGCUCCGCCAACUCCUUGAACAUCGCCACAUUUAUCACAGGCCCACUAUCGUUGCAUUCCUAGACAUAGGUGCCGCUUUUGACUCUGUUGAUCGACCUGCUUUAUGGCGUUGCUUACUAAAGAACGGGGUGCCAGAGAAAUAUAUCGCCAUCUUACGAGCACUUUACCUUCACACAUCCGGCAGAGUGAGGGGCUAUGGCAAGCUUUCCUCGCCAUUCGCUGUCAAUAGCGGUGUGCGACAGGGCUGCCCUAUGUCCCCAUUCCUCUUCAACUUCGCAAUCGAAGACGUUCUGUCAAAUGCACUAAAAGGUUUCCAACAUUUUGGCCUAGAGCUUCUACCGGGUGAGCGCGCGACCGACUUAGAUUAUGCUGAUGAUAUCGCCUUACUUGGUGACGAUCCUCAGGGUAUGCAACUCAUUCUGGAUCGUUUGGCGGUUGAAGCAUCUAAGUAUGGCAUGAGCUUCGCCCCAUCGAAGUGUUAA